AUGCCACCAGACACCCUUCCUCGUGAAGACAGUGCCAUAUUAAGCAGGCUGGUAAUCGACGAUCCACAAGCCGACGCCGCUCGUGAAAGAGCUCGUGUCGCCGAAGCACAGCCUAUCUCCGCCAGUCAACACGAUCCCUCAAUGUCAGCUAUGGAGGCCACCGAAGAGGCUGCUGCACCCCGCCGUCGUCAGGAACACCUCAAGUCAAGUCACCCUAGGAAGGAGACCAAGUUUGGAGAGUACAUCUUGGGACAAACCUUGGGUGAGGGAGAAUUUGGCAAGGUCAAGAUGGGAUGGAAGAAAGAGGGGGGAGUGCAGGUCGCCAUCAAGCUGAUACGCCGUGAGACGCUGGGCAACAACCCUAACCGUCUGCCCAAGAUCUACCGCGAGAUCUCAAUCUUGCGCGGACUACAGCAUCCCAACAUUGUACGGCUGCAUGAGAUGGUUGAGACUGAACGGCAUAUUGGUAUCAUCCUCGAGUAUGCCUCGGGUGGAGAACUGUUCGACUAUAUCCUCAACCACCGCUAUCUUAAGGACAAUGCGGCUCGUAGGUUGUUUGCACAGCUCGUGUCUGGUGUUGGCUACUUGCAUAAGAAGGGUAUUGUCCAUCGUGACUUGAAGCUGGAGAACUUGCUGCUGGACCGCAACCGCAAUAUCAUCAUCACCGAUUUUGGAUUCGCAAACACCUUUAACCCGGACGAUGAGCUCGGCGAGGAGAUCGAGAACCACCUCAACAACAAGGAGUUUGUCUCCAAGAUGGGCCUGGAACACAUUCAAUCGACCGGUCACCGUCGCGGUGAUCUUAUGCAAACGAGCUGUGGUAGCCCGUGCUAUGCUGCGCCAGAAUUGGUUGUUAGUGACUCACUCUAUACUGGUCGCAAGGUCGAUGUGUGGAGUUGUGGUGUCAUCUUGUAUGCCAUGCUUGCAGGAUACUUGCCUUUCGAUGAUGAUCCCGCCAAUCCCGAGGGUGAUAACAUUAACCUGUUGUACAAGUACAUUGUGUCGACUCCUUUGACCUUCCCCGAGUAUGUCACGCCUCACGCUCGCGAUCUCCUGCGUCGUAUUUUGGUACCCGACCCGAGGAAGCGUGCCGAUUUGUUCGAGGUUGCUCGUCACAGCUGGCUGAGCGAGUAUGCCCAUGUUGUCGGGUUCAUAACAAGCACCACGACCACCUCUGCUGACAUUGUUGACUCUGCCAUUCCUACCGGUCAGUCCACCACUGGUCAAAGGCACUAUGCAGCAACUAAUGCACGCACAGAAGACCAAUAUGACGUACCACAACUCGCCCGCAGUGCGUCAGUCAGAGAGCCAUCCAAACCCAGUCAGAUUGCCGUUGUUGGUGGUCUUAGCAACAAGACUGCUCCUAUCACCGAGACCGAGACCAAGACACCUCGCGAUGCUAAGCGUAGAACAGUUCAAGUCGAGUACGUUGCUCCUCAAUCUCAGACUGCAAGACAACAGCCUAUCUCGACAUCUUUGCCCAGCAGUGCUGUCUUGGCUCAGCCUUCCCCAUCUUCUCAAGGAAAAUCGCGUGGAAGAGGAGACAGUGCCUCUGGUCCCGUGGCUGUCAACUCUGCGUCAUACGAACCUUCGACUGGUUCUCAACGCUCUCAGCAACGCCCAGCCACUCAGUCCGCUAUGUCACCCCCUGUUCGUCCGAACCGCGAGCCCGCACGAGCAGUCACCGACUCAACCCCCUUCAAUGUUGGUUCUCCUACAUCCAGCGGUCGGCCCACCACCAGCGGCUCGAGAUUGCCAUCUCGUGGCAACUCAUAUGGUCAACCUGCUCUGGCGACUGUUGCUGCCACCAAUGCUGAAGGCCGCUUCUCACAGCCCAAACCAUCUAGCUCUGGAUACAUCAUGUCGGGUCAAAACUCGCAAGAUGGUUCGAAGAGAAACUCAUACACAGGAAGGCCAGUCAGCCAACAUCUGCCUGCUGACAUCCAGAUUGCGCCUCAACAGCCCGCAGAAAGACCGGUUCGUGGGCACAAACGUUCUAACACAAUGGAAAGCUUCACUACAAAAUUGUUUGGUCGUACCAACUCUCGUCGUCAGUCAGCGACUCCACAGGAAAUUGCCACCGCUCGUCCAGAGCGUGAGAAAUCUUCGCGCAUGUAUCCUCCUGUCAGCAUGAAGAACACAAUGCCUCAUUCUGGUGAGGACCUUCCUCGUCCUUCUACCGAAUCGUCUCGUCGCUCCUUCGGCUAUAACCGCAAGACCAGUGAGACUGCUGGACCUCGAUCAUCAAGAAGAUUUUCGUUCUUGCCCAUGUCCUUCUCUAGAAUGAGCUUCUCUGGUGGAUCGGGACCAGAAGCUGCCGACGGUGGUAGACGUGCUUCUAUUCAGGCCAAUGCCCGCAGUCGUCCUGCUUCGAAGCAGUCGCCCGUCAUGGCAUUCGGCCAAGGUAGAAGCCGCUCUCCUAGCCAAAGCACAACCGGCAGCAGCAUUCCUCCUGUGCGUGGUGCAACUGCUCCCGAUCUUACUAAGAUGUCAGAUCCUGGUUUCUCUCAGCAGCAGCAGUUCACCAGACAACAACAAGAGCAGCAAUACAACAACUACACCCCUCCUCAAAGCAGCGCUGGGGGAGCAAGACAGGAGAACUUCUACACGCCUUCUCAAUCAGCAGAGUCGCAGGCAUCCGACUCGAUUGCUCAAACGCCGCGACAGAAAUACCCCGCUGGUUUCAAUGAGCCUGAGCCCGUGGUGGCUAAACCCCAGCAUCGCCAACAGGCAGUGCUGCAGAAGAACCGCAAAUUUGGUGAUGCGUAUGAAGGUCACGGAAACGGUGGCAGCAGUGGUGGUGCUCGACGAGUGAUGGACUGGUUCCGUAAGAGAGGCAAGGACAGAAGCAACUAG